AUGGCCGAGAUUAGAGAAGAACCACUUCAGCCUCAGGAUGAGGACUUGAAUGCCCGGCUUGCUAGGAUGCUUGAGUUUCGGCUACCUCAUCUAACUUUAAAUCCCAGGAUUCAAAAAGUUCCUCGUUUUCUGUGGCGUAGAAAUCCCAAGUUUGUUGACUACUACUGUUCACCACCGCAGAUGAUAUCAUUUGGUCCCAUCCAUCAUCAUCUUGAAGUUACUAAUCUCAAGCUAGGACACCAACUCAAAACUAGUUGGGCAAAUCGCUAUCUUGAAAAAAUCAAGAUGCAAAAGGAAGCUCAAUAUGAAAAUGAAAAUAAUCCAAUAGUGUCUCUGUACGCAACUGUAGAAAGCAGUGUUGCGAGAAUGAGGAAGCUGUUCAGUCAAGACGUGAUUCGAAAUUACGAUGAUAGAAAACUGGCUGACAUGUUGCUUGUGGAUGGAUGUGCUUUGCUGUUUUUCAUGGACACUGUUGAUGAAAAAGAUCCAGAAAGCUUGAACCUGAAGCUUAACCAAUUAAUGUAUGUAUGGACAGAUAUCAUUUUGUUGGAAAACCAACUUCCAAUGGAGUUGCUGGAGCUUCUAUGCCAUGAGAGAUGGUUGUUGCCCAACUUAUUUUACAAUUUUCUAUUCAUGGGCUUAACAAGGAGAGAUCGAGAUUCAAUAUUCACAUGGUCAAAUGACUGCAAACCAGCUCAUCUUCUGGACUAUAUUCGCUUGUUUCACACGUCAUCACUCUCAUCUUCACCUGUUGAUGUAAAGCCUUCUCUACUUGAUCGCAGUGUUUGCUUCUGUACUAGGAAAAAAAAGAAAACUCUACCUCUCAGACAAAAAGAUCUUUGGCAUAGAUAUAAGAACAUAAGGGAUCUUAAAAACGUAGGAAUUCGGGUGGAAGCAAACACUUCUGAAUGGAAGUGGAGUAACAUAUCUUUUACCUCCAAAUGGUUUAGCGGACAACUGAUGCUUCCAGGGAUUGUAGUUGAUAAUGUUGCACCUUAUCUCUAUGUCAACAUGAUUGCAUAUGAGAUGCUUCCUAGUUCUAACAACAACUUCCAGUGUUGCUCCUACUUCUUUCUGAUGGAUUCCCUGAUUGAUGAUGCCGAGGAUGUGAAGGAGCUCAGAUUAGCUGGUGUCCUUCAGAACUUGCUAGGAAGUGAUGAAGAUGUGGCCAAAUUAUUCAAUGCAUUAGGGUAUCUAUUACCCGCUAAAAUGUUCAAUUGCACCACAAGAAAUGGUGCGCUGGCCUAUAACGAUAAAUAUAUUAAAAUCAAGCAACAGAUUGAUAAGCAUUACACAAAUAAAUGGAAGACUUGGCGGGCUCAAUUACACACCACUUACUUCAAUAACCCGUGGUCUAUCAUUGCCUUUCUUGCAGCUGUCUUGGCAUUGUUUCUCACUUGUGUCCAGACAUGGUACGCUGUAUUUUCCUAAAUAAAGUCAGAUAUAAACUGAUAACAAACUCGUAGAGUAAGUAAGGUUUAAUUUGCACCUACCUGUAGUAGAAAAAGUAUAAGAAAUUUUGU